AUGUCUAUCACGCAGUUCAUCCGCCAGGCCGAUGGCUAUCGAUUCGGAACCGGUGUUGCACUGCUUUUUCUUGCAGCCUUCUACUCGCCCGUCAUGCUGAUGGUCCUGUCUCCUGUGUAUGGCUCUGUUCCGUCGCAUAUCUUCCACGGCUAUGGAGUGGCCAUUUUUGCGGCCGCUGGAUGGUUCCUCAAGGAUCAAAUCCAAAGGCGCCUUGGUCGCCUUGCUGCAUACAUGCUUCCUGUUCUUGCAUUUUGGACCCCUACCCUCCAAUACUUUGUGAUGCAGCAGAGCUCUAAGCUCGGAAACCCGGCUGGUCCAGUUAUCACUGAACUGUUCGGUUACUACCCUCUGAUCACGUUGACCGUUGCUAUUGCCGGUAAGCAAAUACAAUCUUCUCUUCAUCUUGAAUCUAGUGGCGAGGUUGCUGCGGAGCAUGUGCCCCUUCUUGGCUGUUAUGUAAUCUAUACCACGAGUGAGCAUAUUGCUCGAUACAUCUUGGCCCGCGCAAUUGGUGUCACUAUCGUCUUUUCCCGAGCUGGUAUGCAAUUCAUCAUUGCUGUUUUGUAUUCGUUCAUUGUUCCUCCGACAAAGUUGCUACUUCUGGCAAUCCCCUCUCUGCUCUUCUCGAUUACAUCUGAUGUACACCUGGGUGGUAUCGGUGGCGUGAACUCCGCUAUCAGCGCAGAGGGCUUUUCUCUUUUGGCCCGAAAGGAGUCCACUACUGGAUAUCUCUCGGUUUUGGAGAACCAGAAUGACGGAUACCGAGUGAUGCGAUGCGACCACAGUCUCCUCGGUGGUCAAUGGAUCAAGAAGACCCCUGGCUACUUUCCCCAGGUGGAAGAUCCGAUCUACUCAGUAUUUGUCAUGCUCGAAGCAGUUCGAUUAGUAGAGCCUGACCAUGGAGUUCACCGUGAGGAUGCAUCUAGCAAGGCGCUGGUCAUUGGACUUGGAAUUGGCACCACCCCAGCCGCUUUGAUGGCUCACGGAAUUGAGACAACGAUUGUUGAAAUUGAUCCUGUUGUGUACAAGUUUGCUACCGAGUAUUUCAACCUUCCAUCCAACCAUAUUUCUGCCAUCGAGGAUGCAACCAAGUUCGUCAAAAAGGCCCAGAAAAACCCAUCAUCUCAGUACGACUACAUCGUCCAUGAUGUUUUCACCGGUGGCGCUGAGCCUGCCGAGCUUUUCACCUGGGAAUUCUUGACAGAUCUACGCGAUCUGCUCAAGGAUGACGGUGUUAUUGCUAUCAACUAUGCCGGAGAUCUGACCCUUUAUCCCACUGCUCUCAUCGUCCGCACCAUUAAGGCCGUCUUCUCAUCUUGCCGUAUCUUCCGCGAACAUACUGAUGGCCAGAACGAGGAAACCCCCAACUUCACCAACUUGGUUCUGUUCUGCAAAAAGACCGCCGGCACUCCCCUUAAGUUCCGUAACCCUCAAGUCUCGCGAAAGCUACCUGCUUCCCCUCCCUCGCACGAGAUCGAUGCCUCCAUUUUUGAGCAUAUUCCCAGAAAUGGCAGACAGGUUCUCGUUCAGAAGCAGGUCGGAAGAUUGCACAAGUUCCAGGAUCGUGGUGCUAUCGAGCACUGGGAGAUUAUGCGAAAUGUAAUCCCUGAUGCCGUGUGGGAAAACUGGUGA